AUGUCACAGUCCCAUGAGAUAGACGAAGAUACCGAUAUGGCUAUUUCGUAUACAACCCAGUCGUCAACCGGACAUCCUCACCAAACCCUCCCCUCAUUCCGCGAGCUCCUCCCCGCCCACCUCCACGAUGAAAUCGAAUCAACUUCCCCAUUUUACACCACCCCCCGCCACUCACAAGAGCGCCCACCUUCAGGCCACGAAAUGGCCGACCCCCGCUCAAUCCCAUAUGGCAACCAAUCCAGCAAUAUGCCCUAUGAUUCUCAUCGCGAAUACACAGUCUCCCGCGGUGCAGACCAUCAACCCCGGAUGCCAGAUACAGGCCACCACCACAUGCAUCUAUCCGAAAACGCAUCCCGCGGUCCCAGCCCAAUCCUCCCCCCAAUCCGUGACCUGGACGCCGGCCGAGCAAUGAACCCAUCCUCCAACAAAGGGUACUCUGAGCGGCCCCCACGCUCCGACCCUUUCGUCGCCCAGGAAUACCGCCAGCCCGGACCGACGGCAACAGUGAUGUCCACUGAUUCGCAUCCACGCGGCGAGCACUUUGCUGGACCCAUCAUGCAUCCACAGUCACCAUAUGGGCAUCAUCCCAUCGGGUAUGCGGAUGAGCAGAUGUCGCCCCAGAUGAUGGGGCAUGGGCAGGGGAAUUUCGGGAUUAUGGGGGAUCCGAUUGAUCCUAAGACGAAGCGAAGACGGGGGAAUUUGCCCAAGCCUGUUACAGAUAUUUUGCGGGCUUGGUUCCAUGAGCAUCUUGAUCAUCCUUACCCAAGUGAGGAGGAUAAGCAGAUGUUUAUGACGAGGACGGGGCUUUCGAUUAGUCAGAUUAGUAACUGGUUUAUCAAUGCUCGGAGACGACAGCUUCCUGCGCUGCGGAACCAAAUGCGCAGUGGUGCGGAUACUGAAUCUCAACGACAGUCGCCUUUCAGUGAUGUUGAUGGAGAGCACAUGCCCUCUCAUCACUAG